AUGACUAUCCCGGUUCUUGAUGCGUCUGCGCUUUCUGGGGGAACCCCCGAGCAGCGUGCCGAGUUUGGUGCCAAGUUCCUGGAUAGUUUGAACACCUAUGGCUUUGUGAAGCUCGUCAACCACACGGUUCCUGUCCCCCUGGUGAAGGAGACCUUUGAUCAGAUCAAACGCUUCUUCAAGCUUCCUUACAGCGUCAAGAUCCCUCUGCGGAACGACCCCAAACAAGGCCAGCAGCGAGGAUGGAGCAUUCCCGGUGAGGAGAAGACAUGGUGGCUCGAGAGCAACAACGGGGAGAUCAAAGAGCCCACCUUCGACUGCGGCCACCCGGACGACAAGAAAUUCCCCAACAAGUGGCCGUCCGAGGCAGACCUGCCCGGCUACCAGGACACAAUGGACCGGUUCUUCUUCUCCUGCGGGGACCUCACCCUCGAGCUCCUCGAGGUCAUGGCGCAAGCGCUGAACCUGGACGCCAAGAUCUUCACCUCCCGCUGCACCAACGAGGCCAGCACCAUCCGCAUCAACCACUUCCCGCCCAUCGAGCGCAGCAAGCUGGACGAGGGCAAGAUCAACCGCAUCUGGCCGCACAAGGACUUCGGCAUCAUCUCGCUGGUCUUCCCGGACGUCACCCCGGGCCUGGAAUACGAGGACCGCAGCAACCCCGGCACCUUCAUCCCCAUGCCCUACGGCUCGGACGACGAAGUCGUGGUCAUCGUCUCGGAGACAAUGCAGCGCUGGACCAACGGCGAGGUCCGCGCCGGCCUGCACCGCGUCAGCCGGCCGCGCGACUGCGACGACGAAAUCGUGCCGGAGCGCUGGAGUCUGGUCUACUUCAACAAGGCGGACCGGCAUGUGAACGUGGGGCCCCUCGCGGAGUUCCUGACGGGCGACAAGAAGCCUAUCUACGAGGAUCUCACGGCGCUGGAGUACCAGACCCUGAGAAACGCGGCGCAUUAUCCUGGUUAG